AUGGGUCGAUUGGAAGGCAAAACUGUAGUAGUGACAGGCGCAUCAGCCGGAAUAGGGUACUUUACGGCGUUAGAGUUCGCCAAAGAAGGCUCAAAUGUCAUCGCCACUGCUCGCCGAAUGGACAAAUUACAGGCUCUUGCCGAUGAAGUGAAAGCCAAUUACCCAAAAUCAAAGGUGCUGACUGUAGAGUGUGAUGUGAGGUCUAGAGCUGCAGUCAACAAGGCAUUUAGUACCCUUCCAGCAGAAUGGCAAAACAUUGCCGUGCUGGUCAACAAUGCGGGACUCGUGAAUGGACUUGACCAUGUGGAGAAGGUUACGGAUGAGGCUAUUGAUGUCAUGCUUGACACUAAUGUCAAGGGAUUGUUAUAUGUGACGCAAGCUGUAUUGCCUGGGAUGAAGGAACGUGGAGCUGGAAACAUUAUAAAUGUUGGUUCUAUAGCUGGUCGUGAAGCGUAUCCAGGAGGUGGAGUCUACUGUGCUUCCAAGCAUGCCGUGGACGCAAUAACAAGGUCAUUGCGAAUGGAACUUAUAUCAACGCCCAUCAAUGUGACUGGCAUUGAUCCAGGAAUGGUCGAAACAGAGUUCUCAGUCGUUCGUUUUGCUGGUGACAAGGCGAAAGCAGACGCUGUAUACAAGGGCGUCGACCCACUAACAGGCACCGACAUUGCCGAAUGCAUCGUAUUCGCAGCUUCUCGCCCCCCACAUGUGCAACUCGCACAUAUGACUGUCUUCCCAUCUGCGCAAGGUGCUGCCACCUUGGUGUAUAGGAGGCCAGAGUGA